GGUUUAACAGCCGGAGGGAAUCUGGAAAGGGGCCGCCACUCCUAGCUCUCUUUCCUCCGAGUUUGCGACUCCCCGGUCCGAGAUGGACAAAGUGUGUGCUGUCUUUGGAGGCUCCCGGGGCAUUGGCAGGGCAGUAGCCCAGUUAAUGGCCCAGAAGGGCUACCGACUGGCCAUCGUCGCCAGAAAUCUAGACGUGGCCAGAGCCGCCGCCGGUGAACUCGGCGGAGAUCAUUUGGCAUUUAGUUGUGAUGUUGCCAAAGAACAUGAAGUUCAAAAUACAUUCGAAGAGAUGGAGAAAAAUUUAGGUCGAGUUAAUUUCUUGGUAAAUGCAGCAGGAAUUAACAGGGAUAGCCUUUUAGUAAGAACAAAAACUGAUGAUAUGAUAUCUCAGCUUCAUACUAACCUCUUGGGUUCCAUGCUGACCUGUAAAGCUGCCAUGAAAACUAUGAUUCAACAACAGAGGGGGUCUAUUGUUAAUGUAGGAAGUAUUACUGGUUUAAAAGGCAAUACUGGCCAGUCUGUGUACAGUGCCAGUAAAGGAGGAUUAGUUGGAUUUUCACGUGCUCUUGCUAAAGAAGUAGCAAGAAAGAAAAUUAGAGUGAAUGUAGUUGCACCAGGAUUUAUUCACACAGAUAUGACAAAAGACCUGAAAGAAGAGCACAUAAAGAAAAGCAUCCCUCUUGGGAGAUUUGGAGAACCUGUUGAUGUGGCACAUGCGGUUGUGUUUCUCUUAGAAUCACCGUAUAUUACGGGGCAUGUUCUAGUAGUGGAUGGAGGAUUACAACUCACGAUGUAAUUGACAGAUUAUUCAGUUAUAGUGGUAAUUAGAAUCAAGGGCACACUUUGGCUAUUGAUUAGACAGUCAUACCUACAUGGGUGACAUUUGCUAAUCAAACCUAUUGAUACCACGAGUGUUGAUUUCCAUCUUUCUAUGAAUAUGUCUAAAAAGAAUGAUAUGUGAUCAAUUGUAUUUUCUAAGUGGUGUGUACCUUGCAGGCUGUAGCAAUUUUAGUAUACAGACAUUUUGCAAGUAAUAUAAACAGGUAUUAUCUUAAUUUAUAUAUUUUUUGUCUCAAAAGUGGAAAAACUUAUUUAGUCUAAUUGUCAUGAGUUAUUUCGUUGUAUCAGGCUGAAUUCUGUAGUAGUUAACCUUGUGGGCCAUUGCCAAAAUAAGAGUAUUUAUAGGACAUUGGUUAGUUGUCAAUACUUUAGCAAGUCUGCUCAGGUUAAACAUUGUAUUCUUUUUAGUUCCAGUUAGAUACAGGCAUGAAUUUAGAGUCUGGUUUCUUGGAGUGGCAUUACUCCUGAUUGAGCAGCUGGGGAAAAUAAUCUACAAAUAUAAAGGUGGUAUAGUUCACUUAUUCUAUAGAAAUUCUCAAAGAUGAUGAGGAUUAACCCUUAAGGUUUUAAUAUUAAUAUCUGGUACAGUAAUGAGCUGCAUAGAUCUUAUCAAUUUAGGAAGUGGAAGUGUUUUUUUAAUUAAUCCACAAAACACUCAGUGUAGCAAGCUACUUAAAAAUUAGUAUAAGAAAUAAUGAUAUUUUAAAAAUCAAGAGUAUUUUGCAUUAAUGAAUAUAAUAAUGAUUCUUACCCUAAGAUUUUAGAAAGGUAAAUACUUAAUUACUUAUGAACAGUCAUAAAUGAUAACUUAAAUAAUGCAAUAACAAUGAAUUAAAUGUCUUCACAAGGAACCGUUAAAGCAUUAGUCUUAAAAGAAAAUAUUUGCCUAAUAAUAGAGAUAAAAACACAAAUUGAAUGCAGAAUAUCAGGCCACAUCUAUUUUGCAUUGGACUCUUUUGUGGGGAAUAGUGUGAUAUUUUAUAUAUCACUGGAUUCAUGUUGAUUUUUAUUAUUUAAAAAAUGUUUUAACUGUUUAAUGCAUUUAAAAAAGUAAUCUUUUUAUGGUUUUAUUGGAGCUGAACAUUAUUUUAUGUAAACAGAUUUAAUUUUGUAUUGAUAGUGCAAAAGUAUGAAUAGGAUAUACUAAAUAAAUGCAAAGUAA